CUUGGCGCCCUUGGAGGCCCUGCGACACGUCUGCCGAGCGUUGCAGCGGAGUGUUAUUAUUUUCCUUUAGGAGUGACGCUUGGUUGCGCAGGAUGCAGUCAGCCUCGAGCCCUGUCGGCCACUAAGCUGAGAGAUGAGGUUGUGCUUCUGAAACAUGAAACACAAACGAAGACUAUUAGCGAGUGGCCUAGUCUAUAUUCCGCAAUGGUUUGCCCGCUAGGUGGCGUCCUUGCAGACGACGCCAAGUCAGGUACCAGGCCUCUCAUUUCAACUCUC